AUGGACAUGAUCAGUGAGUUGCCCGAUGACUUGCUGUUGCGGAUUCUUUCCUUGCUUCCGACAAAAGGUGUCGCCGCUACUAUGGUUUUGUCUAAACGAUGGCGAUCUCUUUGGACGAUGGUGCCGAGACUUGAGUAUGAUUCUUUGAGAGGCGAUACUGAACAAAUAGCGUUCACGGAGUUUGUUUACAGGUCUUUGCUAUCGAAUAAGGCUCCAGUUCUCCAAAGUCUUCGUUUUUGCAUAGAUUCGAGGUCUACUCGUGCAAAACAUUUGAGAAGAUGGGUUGAGAUUGCGGUUGAGCGCCGUGUGCGUGAGCUCGACAUUCUUUAUAAAAUAAUUGGUUAUGAGAAAAGUAUUAUUCCCUUGCCGAGUAGCCUCUACACUUGUGGAACUCUUGAGACUUUGAUACUCCGAGAAUGCGUUCUUGUGGAUGCUCUUCCUCAAUCUUGUUUCCCGUCACUCAAAACUAUACGCCUUAUAGGAGCGUGCAAUUUGGAUCCCGAGUGUUUUUACGCACUUUUAUCAAGUUGCCCUGUUCUUGAAGAUUUAGUUGUGGAAUUGUAUUUCAAAUGGGAGAAAACUUACACUAUUGCAGUGCCAAGCUUACAAAGAUUAUCUACACAUAACAUAUGCGGAAUAUAUGGCGGGUUGGUGAUAAAUGCUCCUUCUUUGAAGUAUUUGAACAUUGUAGAUCGUGACAUCAGUGGCUCUUUGGUGGUCGAGAAUAUGCCAAAGGUGGUGGAGGCAAUUGUUAGAGUUUUUGCUGCUGUACCUUCUCCGAAGCUUCUAGGAUCUCUUGCGUCAGUUCGGCGUCUUUCCUUAGAUGUAGAGUGCGUGCUACUUCCGAAGGACAUUGUCUUUCAUCAGCUUGUUCAUCUCGAGCUAUACACACGUGGCAAAGAUUGGUGUGAUGUACUUGCAUAUAUGCUCGAACGUUCUCCAAACCUGCGAGUUCUGGAGAUCAAGAAUGACUGGUGCGACGCAGGUCCAAGAGAUUGGUGGAAACAACCAAAUCAUGUCCCUCGAUGUCUAUUGUCAAGCCUUGAAACUUUUCGGUGGAAAAAUUGCAGAGGAUAUCUAGAGAAAGAAGUGGCGGAGUACAUACUAACAAAUGCAACAUGUCUGAAGAUGGCAUCUGUUCAGCAGAAGGGAUACUUUGAUUUGGAGGAGCAACAACUGAUUCUACAGGAUCGGGCUUCCAUGGCCAGGGGUUCUACUUCACUUGUUUUCGACGACUGA